GAGAAGUGAGGCACAACAUCAAAAACAUAUUGGUUUAUCAGAGACCUGCAGCAGAAUCAACAGUUCCAUUUAUUCCUGUAGGACAUUUCAUUUCAUUUCAUUUGUUGUUUUACCGUUGAAUGAAUCAGUUUCAGUUCAUGGCUUCACUAAUCAGCUGUUUGAAUUAAUGUUUCACCUGUUGAAGCUACUGAUUAAACAACAGACGACCUUUAAAUCGUGCUUCAGUUUUCAUCAGGUCCAGAUGCUGCAUCAGCCACAAACUGUCUCACUUUAUUUAAGAGUAAAACACAUCCUCUUCACACAGUCACGAAAGUUACAACAUUUAUCAGCCAGAAACUGUAAAAACGUAAAGAACUGUUGGGUUUUCAACUUUCCAACAGUUCUUGAACAUGUCAUCUGUGAUGCGUAAAAGAAAUCCUGAUAUUUCAUCCAAAUGCUUUAUUCCAUGUCUCAUUUAAACCCCAGAAAUAAAACUUUCGUGAGAAACAGAUUCUGUAAAAACCAGAAACUUAUUUCCUCCUCAGCAUUGCUGAUUCUUCAUGGCGGGUUGUCACGUAUCUAAUCCCUGUAUCUUUGCUCUUUAUUUUAUUUCUUCACUGUCACUCCUUUUCUACCAACCAAUCAGAUAUCAGUUGUGGACUCAUCACCAUGGUAACCCAGAAAAUGGAACAGAAGCUUCAAACAUGCAGUGAAAGACUCAUAUUUUCCACAAAACCAAUAAAAUAAUUGCAGCAUAGCUCAGAACCAGUGAACAGAGGAGCAGGUUGUUGGAGAUCCAUUCAGCAUGGUGAAACACCUUCUACAGAUGAUGAGCAGAGUAGAGAGGAAAAGUCUGGAAACAUGGAGAUAGAAAAACAUCUACAGGAUGAGGAGACCAAAUGACCACAAACAGACAAAACUAACGGUCAGUUGUUGUAUCCAACAGAAUCAGUGACAAGAGUUAAGUUCUUCCUCCAGCUCCCUCUGUCCAGCAUUGCAGUCCUUCCAGACCAGUGUCUUCUUCUAGAACCUUCCUUAAUGUUGUCCUCGGACUGCCAGCCCUUCUGAUAGUAUCAGGUUUCCAUAGCAACGACCAGCUGCUUUGUUGUGUCUCCAUAUGUCCAUCCAGGUCUUCUACGUUACCUAAUGAUGGUUGACUACUGUGGAUGUGAGCCGUAUAGCGACUUGUUGGUGAGGUGUGAUUUCCAGAUGUUUUGUACCAUCUGUAGCAUUCUGGUAGAAGUCCCAUCGGUUCUGUUUGAGAGUUUCUUCAUUAGUGACGGAGUCAGAUCCACCGAGCCAGAUGGAUUCCACUGAUACCUUGAAUACUCUCAUUUUGGUGCCGUUUUAAUUGGAGAUACCCAUAUUUUUGACAGAGAGUUUAAUGCUCCCCAAGCUUUACCAGUUGAUGUUUCUAUAUCAUGUGCUGUGUUGGUGUAGCCUUCAAGAUUUUUUAGAUUUUUGACCCAUCUAGUGCUGCAAUGUCUCCUCAGAUGUUGGGUUAUGGUUCAUGAUCUUCGUCUUUCCAGUCUUCAGGAAGAGUCUAAUCUGUCUUGUUUCUCGCUCUACCCGAUGCAGAAGAUCUCCUGCUUCACUGAGAGUGUUUUCCAGGAGGGCGAUGUCAUCUGCGAAUGCAAGUUCUGAGAGGACUUCUUCAAGAUGUCUUUUAACAAUGCUUUAGGGUCAGACCAUCGGAGGGAAAGAUUACAUUCCUCAGAGCAUAGUCAAAGCAGAUAAUGAAGAGGAAAGGUGCUAGAGGGUCUCCUAGAAGUACUUCAGGUGUCUAUGGAGAAGAGAUCUGUGCUGAAGAAUUUUUAUUGCUUCAACAAUAGGAAGAGGGAUUCCAUGUGCCAGUAGAAUUUGGAACAUUUUGUUUCUGUCAGUUGAGUCGAAUGCCUUCUUGAAAUCAAUGAAAACCAGGAUUGCUUCUUUCUUGUGGUUUAAAACCUCCUCAACAAUUCUUCUGAGAGCCAGGAUGUGAGCAGUAGUUGAGCAAGAUUGCCUAAAUCCAUUUUGACCCGGGCGGAGUAGAUCGUCAAUGACUAGUCUAGUUCUGCUGAGGAUCAUCUGAUUAUAGCUCUUGGCAGCAGCCUUAGUGAGGCUGAUACCCCUGUAGCUGUCUCAUAUAGUAAGGUUGCCUUUCUUUGGAACUGGAACAAUCCCUGACAUUCCCAACUCAUCUGGCCUUUGUCCUUCGAACGUCUUGACGCAGAAUAUCCUAAAGAUCAUUCUUCCUUUUGGAAGUUUCCAGAGGUCCAAAGUCAAACCAUCCAGUCCUGGUCUCAUAGCACCAAUAUCUUCGCUUUGGGAAAACACGUCUGUACUUAUUUCAGGGUUGAUGUCAAAGACAGGGUUUAAAACUAACACGAAGAAAAACAAGACACCAAAUAACAGAAAUGAGUCACAAAAAUAAUACGGAAAAGAAGACAGUGAAUGAAAAAUUUAAAAAAUGAUCACAAAAUGACAAAAUUGUCACAAAUAGAGCCACAAAGACAGAAAGGAGGCAAAGCAGUAGAAGCAUAGACGGGUAAAUCUGAAUAUUUCCAGAGUUCUGCUGACAGAGCAAAAGUUCUUCAUGAUGUUCUGGUUCCACAGAGCUGCAGAACUCUAAACAGAACAAACUGACAGACAACAGAGCAAACAUCUGUAACAGCUGCACACCUGGAGGUUCCACAGAGCAUGCUCAGUAGCUGCUCAAGUGUGAUGAUGGGAUGUUUCGUUUCCAUGGUGACCUGUCUGCUGCGUGUCCACCUGUGCAGGUGAUGGUGUCAGGAUGUCUGAGGGGAGGCAGCGAACUUUGUCCACCUCUGGAGAGUCUCUAUACCAGAUCCUGGGUCUGCAGAAAGGCUGCAGCCAUGACGACAUCAAGAAGUCGUACAGGAAGCUGGCACUGCGGUUCCACCCCGAUAAGAACCCCGACAACCCCGAGGCGGCGGAGAAGUUCAAGGAGCUGAACGGGGCCCAUGCCGUCCUGUCCGACCUCACCAAGAGGAACAUCUACGACUCGUACGGGUCGCUGGGGCUCUACGUGGCGCAGCAGUUCGGCGAGGACAACGUCAACACCUACUUCAUGUUGUCCACCUGGUGGGCCAAGGGUUUGUUCGUGGUCUGUGGUGUUCUGACCGGAUGCUAUUGCUGCUGCUGCCUCUGCUGCUGCUGCAACUGCUGCUGCGGGAAGCUGAAGCCGCAGCCCACAGGUGAGGGGGCGGAGCCAGAGUACAUAUCCCCCGAUGACCUGGAGGAGGAGCUUCGCAAUGACAACGAUGUCGAAGCUCCGAUCGUCCAGCAGCCGACAAACGCCAGCGAGAAAACACAGCUGAUCGGUGACGGACACCGUCGGUACGGAGACUCCUACACAUGAAGGUUGAGCAGGAAAAGGUGUAAAACGUUCUCAUCUUCUGGGUCUUGAAGCCACAGUCUGACGUUCAUUGAAAUCCUGAUACAGUUUUUAAAGGUUCUUAGAGGACUUUUGGAGGUUUUUCAUGAUGUCAGACUGUCUAUGGAUUUAUAAACUAAACUUCUCCUGCCUAAGUGAGCGCUCUGAUUGGCUGCUGAUUGUUUCCAGAGUUCUGUUAACGUCUGCUGUAAAUAAAGUUUUGGUUUGUUUCUA